AACCAACAUGUUUUCUUCAAUGAUAGUUUGUAUCUUUCUGCAGUUUUUCAUAGUAGAAAUUCAAAGUAUUUUCGGGGACAUAUCAGAAGGUAUGGCUGCUUUUGAUAAAUAUUCUGAAUGCUCAGCUUUUCAAACACCGCCAGUGAGCCAAGGCGUGUACCGGGUACGUACGAAGACGGGAUGUGCCAGAAUAUGUUCUGAAGACACUGCUUGUGCAGCUUACAGUGUCUCUGGAUCUCUAUGCCGGACACACGAUGAGGCGUUCCAGAUUGGAGAAUGCUACAGUGGAGGCUGGAAACAUUAUAAUAUCCGUAAACGCUGCACGAAAGAUGGCAACACUGACAUCGAUACACUUAAGUGUAAAUGCUAUGGUGGAUAUAUUGGCAACGACUGUGAAAGACUUAUGAUCGAUUGUUCCGAGGGUUUUGACAGUGGUCACUAUGAGGGAAAAGAAGGACUGUUUCACAUUCACCCUGCUUUGUCUCCGGAACCCUUUCAAGUCUGGUGUAGGAUGGCGUAUGGCGGUAAUACAUUUAUACAGAGACAUGCGCAUAACUCCACCAAUUUCUACCGUGCAUGGCAAGAUUACAAAGAUGGAUUCGGCGAUCUACGUUACGAUUUCUGGCUCGGAAAUGACAAAAUGUCCUACCUUGUCAAUGGACGGGAUUACAUACUUGUUUUUAACUACAUAGAUAUGUCCACCUCUUUCAUCAGACAGCAGAUGUACAAGAAAUUCAAACUUAAUCGUUCCAAUGGUUAUCAGAUGUCAUAUGAGGCCACAUGGGGAAGCGUAGACAGUUCAUAUGAUGGUGGUGAUUGUUUGGGUGAAUUGAGGGGACAGCGCUUCUCCACCUUCGACCAAGAUAAUGAUGAAAGCCCUCUGAACUGCGCUGAAGUACACCAGUCUGGAUUCUGGUUCAAGAACUGCACCCCCUGUAACCCCAAUGGCGUCUGGUCAGAGACUCCAGACAAGAAGAGAGCUGGUGUACCAGAGGAAAUGUUCUGGACAUCUGUUCAUGGGGAUAACCUGAUGCUAUAUUGCUGGGCCUUUUUAAUAGCCAAUUAAUUAUGAUUAACUUUUAGUUGUGAUCAUUGUAAUUCCUGCAUUCUGAUUCGCUGAAUUGGUCACGUGUUAUUGCAUUCAUUUCCCAAUGAAUGUAAAAACAUUAAGCCACGCUCACCGAGGCUGCAUAUUUUUAUUACUACGGAGUGUUUUGUGAAACCAAAUAUUACAGUCAAGGGAAGUAACUCUCUGCUCACGUGUAUCGUCAUGCACAGGAUAUUUAGCCAAAUUCAUGCAUAUUCAUUGUCCAAACUACCUUUGAAACCGAAGGUAGUGGAGGAAUGAAACUGCAAACAUGCAGGCUAAAUCGCCUGUGGUUUUUUUCCCGCUCCCCGUGGUUCCACAUAUUUCAUGUCUUCAGGUUUCAUUUCUCGCCCGCAUUUUUCUAACACUGUCUUUCCCUUCUCAGGGAACCAAAUUAAUGUUCGAAACUGGCGGGAACUGACCAUGUCAUUCGAAACAGCCGCCUUCUACCGGACAUAUUUGUUCCGGGUCGUUACAGUCUGACCUGUUCUUCGCCUCUUGCCUUGAUUGACAGGUCCUAUGAACUUUAGAUCAUACUUCCCGUUGAUUGGCUACUUACUUUAUAGGCGUGUCAAGUUAGGUGCACAAAUUAAGCAAUCCCCUGAUCAAUCUCAUUAAAAUCAGAUCUUAGU